GUGUCACCUUCAUCUCAAAAGAUUACUCCCAUUCUUCAAAAACUAUUGUUGUCUAGGAGAGCUUUUGCUUGAAGUGUUUGGCAAUGAUUCCAUUUUAUAUGACUGUCUCGACAGCUUUAGGUGGCACCUCACAAAUAGACAUUGCAUGUUUAGAUGGGCUGAAGGUCCUUCAGGACAGGGAUAAUAUUAGUCUGACAUGUUCUUUUUCAUAUUUUGAUGCAUCAGUGAUUGCCUGGUUCAAACAGACUCCAGGAGAAAAGCCUCUUCUAAUUGCUUCUGCUUUUGGCUCUGCUCCAGAAUAUCACAAUGAUUUUGACAAGAGCGGCAGAUUUAAUACAUUGAGAGAACAAAGCAGUUUUACUCUGAGUAUCUCAAAUGCAACAACAUCUGAUUCAGCCACAUAUUACUGUUCUAUUGCAUAUUAUACAGAUAUUGCAUUAUUAGGAUGUACAGUUUUAGUCCUUGAAGGUUCAUCUUCAAGUCUCUCUGCUGUUCUCCAGCCUCCUGUAUCAGACCCUGUUGAACUGGGAGGAGAUACAACUUUGCAGUGUUCAAUACUCACAGAUGCGUCUGCAGGAGAUCACAGUGUGUACUGGUUCAGACAUGGAUCAGGAGAAUCUCAUCCAGGAAUCAUUUACACUCAUGGAAACAGGAGUGGUGAGUGUAAGAAAAGCUCUGAGACUGAUUCUCCUACACAGAGCUGCGUCUACAAACUCCCCAAGAGAAACCUCAGCCUCUCUGAUGCUGGAACUUACUACUGUGCUGUGCUCAUGUGUGGAGAGAUCAUCUUUGGGAAUGGAACUAAACUGGACUUUGUAGAGAACAAUGUGUUGGACCCAGCCAUUUUGGUUUUAGCAGCAUCAAACAUCAUAACCAUAAUAAUGGUUUUAUUUCUGUGCAGAAAAUUAUACAUCCGUCAUCAUAAAGAUGCUGCUACUCAAGUAAAUCAGGCUGAAGAAACUGGAGUCUUGAACUAUGCAGCUCUAAGCUUUGCUCAGUCUUCCUCUUCAAGAAGAAGCAGAAUAAUGAGCAGCAGUGAUCAGCCUGUGUACGCACAGGUAAAGACCCAUCAGUAGAAACAACGUCAGAGUUACAGUCAAACCUGGAAAUCUACUCUUAUGAUAACUUUUCUGUAAGCUGUGCUCAGGAGAAAGCAAACAUGUUCUACAUUUUUACUGUAAGUUAAUGUAAAAAGGAGUUUAUUUCAAGUGUUUCCAGAGGAUUUCUAUUCUUAAUUCAACAAGAAAUGUUCACAUAGGACCACAUAAUCAGCUCAUGUACUCAAAUAAUGAAGAAAAAUAAAAAUCUAACAAAAAUAA